AUGGCAAGACGCUUACUUGCUGCAACUAUGCUAUUUGGCUUAAUUGUGAGGUUGCAUGCUGGUGGAAUUGCAAUCUACUGGGGACAAAAUGGCAAUGAGGGAUCCUUAGCAGAUACAUGCGAAACAGGAAACUACAAGUUUGUAAACAUGGCAUUCCUCCCCACGUUUGGCAAUGGACAAAAUCCCAUGAUCAACCUUGCUGGCCACUGCGACCCUUAUACCAAUGGUUGUACCAGGUUAAGCGACGAUAUCAGAUCUUGCCAGAGCCGCGGCAUUAAGGUGAUGCUCUCCAUUGGAGGUGGAGCAGGGAGCUACUAUCUAGCUUCUUCUGAGGAUGCCAAACAAGUUGCAACGUACCUUUGGAACAACUUCUUGGGUGGCACUUCUUCGUCUCGCCCUCUUGGGAGUGCAGUUUUGGAUGGCAUAGACUUCGACAUCGAGGGAGGCACGAACCAGCACUGGGAUGAUCUUGCGAGGUACCUUAAGGCAUAUAGCAAGCCUGGGAAAGAAGUUUACCUGACCGCAGCUCCCCAGUGUCCCUUUCCCGACGCCUGGGUUGGCAGUGCACUUGACACUGGACUUUUCGAUUAUGUCUGGGUUCAAUUCUACAACAAUCCACCUUGCCAAUAUACCACAGGAAACGUCCGCAAUCUCGAUGAUGCAUGGAAACAAUGGCUAACAAUUCCUGCCAAGGAAAUUUUCCUUGGACUCCCUGCAGCUCCUCAGGCAGCUGGUAGUGGAUUCAUUCCAGCCAGUGAUCUCACAACUCUAGUGCUUCCGACCAUCAAGAAUUCGAAGAAGUAUGGGGGGAUCAUGUUAUGGUCCAAAUACUAUGAUGAUCUCACCGGUUACAGUUCUUCGGUUAAGAAUCAAGUGUGA